AUGGCAUUAGGAUAUAAUGAAAUAAUGAUUGUCUCGAAGUAUUUUGAAGAUAUUAAUGAUUUUAUUAAUUUAGAAAUGGGAGUUAAAAGAUUUAGAGGAAAUAUGGAACGAUUUCAUUUUAAUCCAAUUCCAUUGAAUCAAUAUUCAAUAGAAUUCUUUCCUAAUAUUGAAACAUUUCAUAUUUAUAAUGAAUAUGAUGAAAUAUUUGAAGAUGGAAGAAUAUUUAAAUAUGUAAUAUGGUAUGAUGUGAGUUAUUCAAGAUAUUUAAAAGAGAAAGAAGAAAUGAAUGAAUAUAAAAAUAUCGCAUAUACAGAAGAAGAUAGAAUUAAAUAUGGAAAUACAAUACCAAUAGAAGUUAAUUCACUUGGAAUUAAUUGUUUUGGUCAGUGUGAUAUUCAAUCAAUUAAUAUACCAACAAAUGUUAGUGAAAUAGGAGAUGAAUGUUUUUAUAGAUGUACAUCAUUAACAACAAUUAAUAUUUCAACAAGUGUUAGUGAAAUAGGAAAUAAGUGUUUUUAUGGAUGUUUAUCAUUAACAACAAUUAAUAUACCAACAAGUGUAAUUGAAAUAGGAAAUAAGUGUUUUUAUGAAUGUAAAUCAAUACAAUCAAUUACUAUUCCAACAAGUGUUAAUGAAAUAGGAAAUGAAUGUUUUAAAUAUUGUAAAUCAUUAACAUCAAUUGAAAUACCAACAAGUGUUAGUAAAAUAGGAGAUGGGUGUUUUGAAUAUUGUACAUCAUUAACAACAAUUAAUAUACCAACAAGUGUUAAUGAAAUAGGAAAUGAAUGUUUUAAAUAUUGUAAAUCAUUAACAUCAAUUGAAAUACCAACAAGUGUAAUUGAAAUAGGAAAUGAAUGUUUUAAAUAUUGUAAAUCAUUAACAUCAAUUGAAAUACCAACAAGUGUUAGUAAAAUAGGAAAUGAAUGUUUUAGUUUUUGUUCAUCAUUAACAUCAAUUGAAAUACCAACAAGUGUUAGUAAAAUAGGAAAUAAAGUUUUUUAUGGAUGUGAUGAUAUUCAAUCAAUUAAUAUACCAACAAGUGUAAUUGAAAUAGGAAAUGAAUGUUUUAAAUAUUGUAAAUCAUUAACAUCAAUUGAAAUACCAACAAGUGUUAGUAAAAUAGGAGAUGGGUGUUUUGAAUAUUGUACAUCAUUAACAUCAAUUACUAUUCCAACAAGUGUUAAUGAAAUAGGAAAUGAAUGUUUUAAAUAUUGUAAAUCAUUAACAUCAAUUGAAAUACCAACAAGUGUAAUUGAAAUAGGAAAUGAAUGUUUUAAAUAUUGUAAAUCAUUAACAUCAAUUGAAAUACCAACAAGU